AUGGCGGACCCCGCCGAGUGCAGCAUCAAGGUGAUGUGCCGCUUCCGGCCCCUCAACGAGGCCGAGAUCCUGCGCGGCGACAAAUUCAUCCCCAAAUUCAAGGGCGACGAGACCGUGGUCAUCGGGCAAGGGAAGCCCUACGUCUUUGACAGGGUGUUACCUCCCAACACAAGCCAGGAGCAGGUUUAUAAUGCCUGUGCCAAGCAGAUUGUCAAAGAUGUGCUGGAGGGCUACAACGGCACCAUCUUCGCCUACGGCCAGACCUCCUCGGGCAAGACGCACACCAUGGAGGGGAAGCUGCACGACCCUCAGCUGAUGGGAAUCAUCCCCAGGAUCGCCCACGACAUCUUUGACCACAUCUACUCCAUGGAUGAGAACCUGGAGUUCCACAUCAAGGUUUCCUACUUUGAGAUCUAUUUGGACAAAAUAAGGGACCUGCUUGAUGUGUCAAAGACAAACCUUGCUGUACAUGAAGAUAAAAACAGAGUCCCCUAUGUUAAGGGCUGCACUGAGCGCUUCGUGUCCAGCCCCGAGGAGGUUCUGGAUGUCAUCGACGAGGGCAAGGCCAACAGGCACGUGGCUGUGACAAAUAUGAACGAGCACAGCUCGAGGAGCCACAGCAUCUUCCUCAUCAACAUCAAGCAGGAGAACGUGGAAACGGAGAAGAAGCUCAGUGGGAAGCUUUACCUGGUGGACUUGGCUGGCAGUGAGAAGGUCAGCAAAACUGGAGCAGAGGGGGCAGUUCUGGAUGAAGCUAAAAAUAUCAAUAAGUCUUUGUCUGCUCUGGGCAAUGUGAUCUCGGCCUUGGCAGAGGGAACUAAAACCCACGUUCCCUACCGAGACAGCAAGAUGACCAGGAUCCUGCAGGAUUCCCUGGGGGGGAACUGCAGGACCACCAUCGUCAUCUGCUGCUCCCCCUCCGUCUUCAACGAGGCCGAGACCAAGUCCACGCUGAUGUUUGGCCAGAGGGCCAAGACCAUCAAGAACACGGUGUCUGUGAACCUGGAGCUGACAGCAGAGGAGUGGAAGAAGAAGUAUGAGAAGGAGAAGGACAAAAACAAGAGUUUAAAGAAUGUUAUCCAGCACCUGGAGCUGGAGCUGAACAGGUGGAGGAAUGGAGAGGCUGUGCCCGAGGAGGAGCAGAUCAGUGCCAAGGACCAGAAGAACCUGGAGCCUUGUGAUAACACCCCAAUCAUUGAUAACAUCGCCCCCGUGGUCGCCAGCAUCUCCACAGAGGAGAAGCAGAAAUACGACGAGGAGAUCGCCAGCCUCUACAGGCAGCUGGAUGAUAAGGAUGAUGAAAUCAACCAGCAGAGCCAGCUGGCUGAAAAAUUAAAGCAGCAAAUGUUGGAUCAAGAGGAGCUGUUGGCCUCCACCAGGAGGGAUUAUGAGAAGAUCCAGGAGGAGCUGACCCGACUCCAGAUCGAGAACGAGGCGGCCAAGGAUGAAGUGAAGGAGGUGCUCCAAGCCCUGGAAGAGCUGGCUGUCAACUAUGACCAGAAAUCCCAGGAAGUGGAGGACAAAACCAGGACCAACGAGCAGCUGGCAGAUGAGCUGGCACAGAAAAGUAGUGCCCUGACAGCGACCCAGAGGGAGCUGGGCCAGUUGCAGGAGCUCAGCAACCACCAGAAGAAGAGAGCCACGGAAAUCCUGAACCUGCUGCUGAAGGACCUGGGGGAGAUCGGGGGAAUCAUCGGCACCAACGACGUGAAAACCCUGGCAGAUGUGAACGGCGUGAUCGAGGAGGAGUUCACCAUGGCCAGGCUCUACAUCAGCAAGAUGAAGUCGGAGGUGAAGUCCCUGGUGAACAGGAGCAAGCAGCUGGAGAGUGCCCAGAUGGACUCCAACAGGAAGAUGAACGCCAGCGAGAGGGAGCUGGCGGCCUGCCAGCUCCUCAUCUCCCAGCACGAGGCGAAGAUCAAAUCCCUGACAGACUACAUGCAGAACAUGGAGCAGAAGAGGAGGCAGCUGGAGGAGUCCCAGGACUCCCUCAACGAGGAGCUGGCCAAGUUACGCGCUCAAGAAAAGAUGCACGAAGUCAGCUUCAAGGACAAGGAGAAGGAGCACCUGACACGACUCCAGGAUGCAGAGGAGAUGAAGAAGGCUCUGGAGCAGCAGAUGGAGAGCCACAGGGAAGCCCACCAGAAGCAGCUGUCCAGGCUGAGGGAUGAGAUCGAAGAGAAGCAGAAAACAAUCGAUGAAAUCAGGGACAUGAACCAGAAGCUGCAGCUGGAACAGGAGAAGCUGAGUGCUGAUUAUGAUAAAUUAAAAAUUGAGGACCAGGAAAGAGAAAUGAAACUGGAGAAGCUCAUACUCCUUAAUGAUAAAAGGGAACAAGCAAGAGAAGACCUUAAAGGACUGGAGGAAACAGUGGCAAGGGAGCUUCAGACUCUUCACAAUCUGCGCAAGCUGUUUGUCCAGGAUCUUACCACCCGUGUUAAAAAAAGUGUUGAACUGGAUAGUGAUGAUGGAGGUGGAAGUGCUGCGCAGAAGCAGAAAAUUUCCUUUCUUGAGAACAACCUGGAACAACUUACAAAGGUUCACAAACAGCUGGUACGUGAUAAUGCAGAUCUUCGUUGCGAGCUUCCUAAGCUGGAGAAACGCCUUCGAGCUACGGCAGAGAGAGUUAAGGCCCUGGAGAGUGCACUGAAGGAGGCCAAGGAGAACGCCAUGCGCGACCGCAAGCGCUACCAGCAGGAGGUGGAUCGCAUUAAGGAGGCCGUGAGAGCCAAAAACAUGGCCCGGAGAGCACACUCUGCCCAAAUUGCCAAGCCCAUCCGCCCUGGUCACUACCCAGCGUCUUCUCCGACGGCCGUCCACGCCAUCCGAGGGGGAGGGAUGUCCAACUCCAGCUACUACCACAACACCAAAUAAACGAGAGGUCAGUUCCACUUAGCAUGUUAAGGACUGUCAUUAAGUCACAUUAGUUUCUUUUUUGCCCCUCUCCAACCGGGUCCACGUCCCGUCCAUCCCGCGCUUCCCACGGCCGCCGGCGACGCCCCGCUCCAGGUACUCCGAGCUUCGUAGGAUCUCCACGUGUACAGAAGUGUCCAGCUCAGCUCCUCCAGAUCCUCCUACGGUGUCUGGAACAUUCCCACCUCAGUAAGGAUGAUAGGGAGUCUGCCACUCCCAAUCCCACCACCCCUUGGCGCUGCUUAGGUUGGGGCUUCUCCACUCAGAGUGAUGCUUUUUGUUUUUUCCUCCCGAGUCCUCCGUUGGCAUCGGUAAUUCCCAACUUCUGGCAUCAAGGAAUUAAUUACUCAAUGACCAAGUGCCAUCAAAGGCAGGUGAUUGUGCUCUGUCAUGACUGAUUUCCUGUAUAAUAUGCAUAUUAUUUUAUAUUUUUAGGGGAUGAAAAUGUGCUGCUAUGUGGUUUAAUUUUACCGCUUAAACAUUUUCAGAAGGAAAUUUCCCCAAAGAACCAUUUGUAAUAUCCUGAUUUAAGAAAAAAAAAAAAUAAUCUUUGGACUGUAUAAAAUAACCUUUAUUGCGGUACCUGGUAAAGAACAAACGGGAUGCAGAGAAAUCUGUUAGUAUAGAUGUAGGAUUUGAAGUUUGGUAGUUCCAUGAAUUUAUCUGUGUGACCUGUUUCAAAAUUAAGCUCCUGUUCCCUUGUAGUUCUCCCUACAGUGGUGGGUUUUCCUGGAGUGGAAUGGCUUAGCCACGUGUUUGUAAGAGUUGUUCCCUAGGAAUUUUUGAAGGAUUUCAGAAUGCUGUGGAAAUCUUGCCUUGGAAAAUCUGACAAGCAUCUCCCCCCCUCCCCCUUUCCCCAGACAAGCCCUGAUCUGUUCACACCGGAAUUCAGAUCCCAGAG